UCGACCAUUUCGAAUGAAUUUAUCAGAAAUCAGAAACCUUUAAACCCCCUACAGCGAUUCAUUCUUCUGAUUUGUGUUGUAUGGAAGGAUACACAAAUAUUGGAGAAGACCCGAACUUCGAUCAGUUCUUCGACGCCGUUGAAGAAUCUCCCUUCUUGGACUGCAAUGGCGAGGACGAAUCCGGAGGAUCCACCGAGUUACUCAAGCACGAGAUCGUUGAAGAUAAAUCGAGUGAAAUAAUUAGAGCUAAGCAUCCCUACGUAACUACUGUCCCCAGUGGCCUCCGGCGUAGACGUUCAUUGCGACUCAGUCGUCAAGGGAGUUCCUGCAAAGAUGACAAGGAUGCGAGCUCUGAUUCGCCGGUGAUUUCGGAAGUUACCCACGUUUCUGAGUCAUUAUUUCCUGCGGAGGAAAGGAAUAGAGUGAAGGAUCAUGAAAAGGUUCGUGAAAGUUCUGAUUUUCCUCGGCUUGGUUCAAACUCGGGUCCAAUUAAUAGUGUACAAGAGGAGGAUAACGAGGAUUCUAUCGUCACUUCUGCAAAUAACGAGCGUGUUGAUGACUCCGCGACGGGGGAUUCCCAUGCGGGAAUCCCCGAAGAUACUUCGUCCAGUUUUCUGAUUUUCCUUGUGGGAUUGGUGAUUAAGGCAAUAGGAUUUCAAUUCAGUAUAUUGGUUAAGUUUGUUACUUUCCCUAUUUGGUUGUCCUAUCAUUCUUUCAUGUUCGUGAUCGACCCCUUUCAAACUAUGAGACGGGCUAAAAGAUAUUUGACCUCGAGGUUGUUUGGGAUUUGGGAUAAUUUUUGGGAGAGUAUUUCUCCAUAUAUAUUUGAACGGUUGAAGGGACAUAAGAUUGGAACGUUGAUUGCUAGGUUCGGUUACGGAUUAUUCUGGUCGGUCUAUGUCUGUUUCAUGUUAUGUGGCCUCCUGGUUUUGGCAUUCGUGAUGGGUGGUUUUAUGAUGCGGUAUAUAGUUGAGGAGCCUAUUCAGUUGACAGAGACACUGAGUUUUGAUUAUACGAAGAGAAGUCCAGUUGCGUAUGUUCCUCUCAUGCAUUGCUCUGGUGGCUUGUGUGGUUCAGAUUGUGAAGGACAAGAUGGAGUUAAAAAUAAUGUUGGAUCACGUUUUGUUCCCCCAAAUCACAAAUUAGAGCUCACCAUUUCGUUGACAUUGCCCGAAUCUGAGUACAAUAAGAAACUUGGGGUCUUCCAGGUCAGGGUAGAUUUCUUAUCUGCAAAUGGUAGAGUUGUUUCCAGUUUGAGGGAUCCAUGCAUGUUGCGCUUUAAAAGUGAGCCUAUCCGCUAUCUGGAGACAUUUCUCAGAACUGCUCCUCUUGUUACUGGCUAUUCAUCAGAAUCCCAAACUCUCAACUUGAAAAUGAGAGGGUUUACUGAAGAAAAAGAGCCAACUGCCUGUUUGAGGGUGGUCAUUGAACAACGAGCAGAAUACAGACCUGGUGCUGGUAUACCUGAAAUUUAUAAUGCAUCUCUUAUGAUUGAAUCUGAGCUUCCUCUAUUUAAAAGGUUUAUUUGGUAUUGGAAGAAAACAAUAUUUAUUUGGACUAGUAUGUCCUUAUUAAUGGUAGAAUUAAUGUUGGCUCUAGUCUGCUGUAGACCUAUUCUUAUCCCAAGACCAAAACCCAGGGAUGGUUCCACAGCUAACAACAGUUUUCGCCAAAACAGAGGAACUCAGUCUUAAAGCAGCUAAGAUCAUAGGGACGUGGUGAUGAUAUGAGUAGGAGAAGAAUUUUAUUUUGUAUUCUAUUUGUCUAACAUACUCUGUUGUACUCUAUGGAUAUUCUAACUUGUGUUUCCACUCAGCUUUAAGUUAUUGGAUGCUACAGAAAACUAAUAAAUCAAAUGAUUGUAUCAUGUGAA